AUGGAUUCAUUCUCUGAUAGGCAUGAUUUCUCAUUAGUGGAUAGUCGUGAACGUCAACGUCAGCGUAGUGUUAAUCAAGCAUUUGCCGAGCUCAGAUAUAUCCUACCUACACAUCCACCGGAUAAAAAAUUAAGCAAACAUGAAAUUCUACGCCUCAGUAUAAAAUAUAUUCAUAUUUUAGAAACUAUUCUCAAGUAUCAAGAAGAAGUAGAAGGACGUUUACCUAUUUCAAGUAUAUCACCUAUUUGUACAGCAACAACAACAUCAUCGUCAUCAAAAUCCAAAUAA